GUCAGGCCAGGCUAUCAGGAAGUGACUCCCCGGAAGGAGCAUGUCUGCUUUCCUGGUCCUGCCUAACGCGGCGUGCUGACCCGCCGACACCAUGCAGUCGGAUGAUGUUAUCUGGAAUACACUGGGAAACAGACAGUUUUGUUCUUUCAAAAUAAGAACCAAGACUCAGGGCUUUUGCAGAAAUGAAUAUAGUCUGACUGGGCUGUGCAAUCGGUCGUCCUGUCCUCUGGCAAAUAGUCAGUAUGCUACAAUUAAAGAAGAGAAAGGACAGUGCUACCUGUAUAUGAAGGUUAUAGAACGAGCAGCUUUUCCUCGGCGGCUCUGGGAACGGGUUCGACUUAGUAAAAACUAUGAGAAAGCAUUGGAACAAAUAGAUGAAAAUUUAAUUUACUGGCCUCGCUUCAUUCGGCACAAGUGCAAGCAGAGGUUUACCAAGAUUACCCAGUACCUGAUUCGAAUUAGAAAACUUACACUGAAGCGACAGAAGAAACUUGUUCCUUUGAGUAAGAAGGUUGAACGAAGGGAAAAAAGAAGAGAGGAAAAAGCAUUAAUAGCUGCCCAGCUGGACAAUGCCAUUGAGAAGGAAUUACUGGAAAGACUGAAACAAGAUACGUAUGGCGACAUCUACAACUUCCCCAUACAUGCCUUUGACAAGGCCCUAGAGAAACAGGAAGCAGAGAGUGACUCUGAAGAUGAAGAGGAGGAUGAGGAGGAAGAUGAAGAGGAUGUGGGGAAAAGAGAGUUUGUAGAAGAUGAUGAGGUAGAUGAGAGUGACCUGAGUGACUUUGAGGAUAUGGAUAAACUGGAUGCUGGCAGUGAUGAAGAACAGGAUGAAGAAUCCUCCAGUGAAGAAGAAAAGGCACUUAAGGCCAAGCACAAAGGCAAAGCACCCUUGAAAGGACCUUUGCGGAAAAAACGGGCCUAUGUGGAAAUAGAGUAUGAGCAGGAAACAGAGCCCAUGACCAAAGCCAAAACCACAUGAGUUCCAGUCACAUUUAUCCCAAAAAGUCAACACUUUCCACUGUGCUCUUUUGUGCUAUAUUUCAUACAGUAUUUAUAUUGUUAAUAUUUAUGUCACUUCAGUAGAGCAAAAAUCUGGAGUGACUGGAGAUUCUCAAUUGUAGACUAUUUUUCUAACAUGUACUGUAACAGCUUGAGCCCAAGGGGCCUAACAGAUGAGUUCCUGGGACUGGAAUGACAUUUUGCCUGUAAAUAUUUCUAAAUUACAAAUGCUAAACUC